AUGGCGGUCUCCUCCAUCAGCUGCUCCCUCAGACCUCCAGCUCCCGUCAGAGAAGCUUCCGCUCGCCUGACGCAGCUGUCGCCGCCGUCGACGACGCCGUGGGCGGACGGGCUACGGCGGGCGUGCGUGGCGGCCGCGGCGUCGUGCGUCGUGAUCGGGGCGGCCAGCGGCGGCGACGUGGCGUCGUCGUCGAUGCCACGCGACACCGCCGUUCUGGCUGUGGACGCGCGGCCGGCGGCGGCCCCGCGGUGGAGCGACCGCAGGGAGUGCCCGCCGUGGCGCGCCAACUCGCUGGAGAACAUCGUGCCGGAGAACCUGCCCCGCCCGUCGGCGCGCCGGAGGUUCAACAGCGUCAAGCGGGCGCCGCGGAAGGCCCCCGCGCUCGGGCCUCAAGCGGUGGCGCCGUUCCUGGCGCUGCCAUACGGCGUGGACGACUGCUUCACCCUCUAG